CAAGUACCCAGUACCCAUCUGAAUGGAAGAGGUGGGUCCGCGAAGUCGGAAUUUUCACCUGCCGAUUCAGAGGGCGAAUCAAUUGAAGCCCGCCGUAAAUUCAAGUUGUUGAUAUUGUAGACAGUUUAAUAUUUAAUAUACUUCAGUAUAUCCUCCUUCCACUGUCGCUAUCGAGGCACAAUGGCGACAAAGUACUUCCGGAUAGGGAAGAAACAAGUCUUCUUACCAGAUCAAACGAUUGCCUUCAUUCGACCGCGGGAGAAUCAACCGCCUAACUUCGCAACCUUCAGGGUGCCUCUGACGUUCAACAAGCUGGACUUCCGCGACUACCUACUGCACGCGUACAAUGUGCCGGUGCUGGGCGUGCGAUCGCAGCUGACGCAGCGCCGGCCGCGCCAAUCCAAGAUGCACCACCGCAUCUACCGCCCCCCGCCCGUCAAGACGAUGACGGUGGAACUGCACCAGCCGUUCGUAUGGCCCGAGCCCCCCGAGGACAAGAGCCCGUGGAACCCGCCGAUGCUGGAGAAGCGAUACCAGCAUAAGGAAAUGCAGGAGAAGUGGCAGAAGGAGGCGCAGAAGACCGGCAAAUUCCCGCUGAGAGACGAGCAACCCAAGAUGGAAUCUAGUCUUGCGCUCAGGGAGGAGGCGAAGAGGUUACUGAAGGACGGAAACUGGGAAAAUCACAGGAAUUUAGACCCGAAGUUCACGGAGAAGAAAUAAGGGCGGAUCAUGGUGAUGUAAGAAAGAAAAAAACAAAACAGUAAAAACUUG